CGCAGCCGCCAUCGCAACCCUCGCUGCGCGGGGCCUCUCCUGAGCCCGGGGCUGUCCGCCGCGCUGCCUGCGCUGGCCCUGGGCGGGUCCUCCAGACCAAGGACGCCGCCGCCGAGUGCGAGAUGCUGGAGGCCCCACCACUGCUGUUGGCAGCCUUCUCACUGGGCCUGGCGCUCCUGGUGCUGGUGCUGUGCCUGCGACGCUGGGGCUUGGCCAUACCCCUUAUCUACUGGCACGAGCUGGUCCUGCAGCCCCUCCACAACCUGUUCAUGGGCAACACAAAGGAGCAGCGCAUCCUGCACCAUGUGCUGCAGCACGCAGUGGCCGGGGACCCACAAAGCGUGCUGAAGGCCAUCGAUAGCUACUGCUUGCAGAAGGAGUGGGCUAUGAACGUGGGUGACAAGAAAGGUCAGAUCUUGGAUGCAGUGGUGCAGGAGCAGUGCCCGCGGGUGCUGCUGGAGCUGGGCGCCUACUGUGGCUACUCGGCCGUGCGCAUGGCCCGCCUGCUGGAGCCCGGGGCGCGCCUGCUCACCAUUGAGAUCAACCCGGACUACGCCGCCAUCACCCAGCAGAUGCUGGACUUCGCAGGCCUGCAGGACAGGGUCACCGUGGUGGUCGGGGCAUCCCAGGACUUUAUCCCCCAGCUGAAGAAGAAAUAUGACGUGGACACGCUAGACAUGGUCUUCCUCGACCACUGGAAGGACCGGUACCUGCCGGACACGCUCCUCCUGGAGGAGUGUGGCCUGCUACGGACGGGGACAGUGUUGCUGGCCGACAACGUCAUCUUCCCGGGAACACCAGAUUUCCUGGCAUACGUGCGCGGGAACAGCCGCUUUGAAUGCACACACUUUCCCUCGUACCUGGAAUACUCAAAGGCAGUGGAUGGCCUGGAGAAGGCUGUCUACAUGGGCCCGGGCAGCCCAACACAGCCUUGACCACCCACCCUGCUCCCGGAUCCCUUGCCAAGCCUGAGGGCACAAGGGAUGCGCCCCUGCCAACCCGCUUUUGCAGUUCUGGGGUCCAGUGUAGCACACUUGAGGUAUGUGAGCCCAAAGCCUGCCGGCCCUGGCCCCUCUACACGGCGACUCUUGGCUGUUGUUACCCCUGGUCUUCCCCAAGUGCGGCCAGCUCACCAUACAAAAUCAUUGCAAUAAAUCUGUAAAGUAUGUAUGUAAAUACCA